UCAGUGAAUUGCAACAACGUCAACAUGUCUCGCCAGUAUUUCAAAAGUUCGAGUAUGUUUGUACCAUACAGUGGCUCGCUUGAGCCAGGGUCUAUGUCAAGCUUGUCGUGCGAGGAGGAAUGUUCCAAAAAGUCAGGAACUUGUACUGGGGUUGUAGUCACAAGUCACGGACCUUUCUGUUAUUUAGCUUUAAAAGGUUACAGCUCGAGAUACGAUUUGCUGGUAAAUGAAGCGUCAGCGUAUGGUAUUUUACAUACCGUUUACAAGGCUAUGGAUAUUUGUUGGAAUAAUGCAUUUCAAAUGAAAUAUACAACUAUGGAUUUACUACCAUUCAUAGUAGACGAUAAUUAUUUUAUACAUAGAAUCAACAUCCCACAGUAUGUUUCCCCUUCUAUUACGAGUCCGCAGACGAUAAUCAGUCCAGGAUAUCCGUUCGCCUACCACACGGACUUCUUUUUUAUGUGGUCGAUAAACUUCCAAAACGGGUUUGUGUCACUCCAAUUCACAGAUAUAGAUCUUAAGGAUAAAGAGGCCUUUCUCCAUUCGGAGAAGGGGAAUAUAUUUUGUGAGGAGAAUAUUUAUUUACAAACAGAGGACAAAUUAUGGUUAUCACCAUUUGGUAUCACUAGAGAUACAGUAAAUUAUCACGCAGACGAGGUUUUCGGACGUAUGUACAGUUUCAGGCCAUUUACUAUUGACAGUGAUUACAAUGGAAAGAAAACCAAUGUUGGAUCAGCGGUAGAAAAGUUAAAAAUUGUGUUUAGAUCUUGUCCCGUUGAGUAUUAUAAACAGCAGCCAGUUAAAGGAUUUAGAACAAAUGUUCUAAGUAAAGUUUGUAGUGCCGAGUUUAAAAAAUGCUACAACAUUAAGCAGUCGAAUAAUGUGGAGUCAACUUGGACAGAAGCAUUUGAACUAUGCAAACAAUCGGACAGAGCGCUGGUCAGUUUUGGUUCUCAACGUGAAAUGCAGUUUGUCAAGGAAUAUGCAGCAAGGAAUAAUAGAAAGGAAACUACGAAUGUCUAUAUAGGACUAUUUCGUUAUAUGAACGCCGAAUCAGUUAUAAAUGAACAAUGGAUUGAUGGAAGAAUGCUGUCCUUUACGGCUUGGGAAGAUUAUCAACCCGAAGAGGUAUCCAGCAAACAAUGUACUUAUAUGACUUUUACAACCCUUCGUUCACUGUCAUCUUGGAGAGGAAUAGACUGUAACCAGCCGUUAUCUGCAUUUGUAGUGUGUGAAAUAUAUUAUAUGAGUGAAAAUGAAACAGAAAUCAAAGGUGAAUAUGAUGUCAAGCUAAAUGAGACGAAAGACAAUUCUUCCGGCUUUAUUUCGAUAACUACAGGAUGCAUUUGCCAUGCCACGGAGAUGUCAAUAGCAUGGUACUAUAAAAUGGGCGGCGACAAUUAUCCUUUCAGAAGUAUGGCUCAACAAGGAUAUUUUAGAACCUACAAAGAAUGUCACCUGGACUGCCAUGGACUUCAAGCUGCCGUGUUGUCCACGGGUUUUUAUUACUCAGAGUUAGCUGAUGGCAUACCAGUAUAUCUGCACGUUAACUUAAGUAACAGUUUCUACAAAAACAGCAUAAAAACCAUAGUAUCAAAUAGAGUGUAUAAGAUAAAAGAUGAAAUUCAACAGAAAUCUACGUUCAACACUUACUCUACAUGGAGUUGUGGGAAUGGUGAAUAUGUAUCAAUAUUGGCCAGAUGUAAUGGAUACGUCGAAUGUUCAAAUCAACAAGACGAACUUGAUUGUGAAGGCAAAUGCAACAAUGAUCAUUUUCAAUGCACUGAUGGAAGGUGUAUACAUGUGUCACAGUUAUGUGAUUUUACCACUGACUGUUUAGAUGGCGCUGACGAGUAUUGCGAAGGAGUUUGUUCCAGUGAGACCUCAUUCCGAUGCCCAGAAGGACGUUGCUUACCUUUGUCAAAGAGGUGUGAUGGGUAUAAAGACUGUUUAGACGGGUCGGAUGAGAUAUUGUGUGAAAGUUGCAAUUCAACAACAGCCUUUCAAUGUCGUGAUAAGACAUGUAUAUUACACCGUCUAAAAUGUGAUAAACACAAAGACUGUGGGGACGGUUCUGAUGAGGAAACGUGCACUGAAAAACCGUUUAAAUCGUGUGAUGACGUUUGGGAGGAAGGUCAUACAGAAUCCGGAUUGUAUAUCAUCGAUGAAAUGGAAGUAAAAUGCGAGUUUGACAAAAAAAUUACAAACAUGACGUUUCUCCAUCCGGACUGGGAAUGCUUCGAAUCAACGCCCCAAUUUCAAUUCGGAAAACUAAAAAUACACCCAAUUGAUUCUGUUAAACAUGCUGCAAGAGAAGGUUACGAUUGCUCACUGAAGAUUUCCCGAGUACUGAAGAGAUCAGAAAGGAUUGCAGAUUCGUCGGACGGUGCAAUGGCAUCGGCCACAUAUAGUGCAACGUUCAAUCAAUUCGAAUUCAAUGUAAACAAAGCAACUGUUGACAAAUCAGGGUAUAUUGGUUUAUGGGAUAAAAAUCUUUUCUUCGAUACUGCGUCGGAUGACUUCAGCACAUGGAAAGCCCGGAUUUUCCGAGACUACCCCUUCCAUAUACACAGAAUCAUAUGCAUUAAAGAUUCCUUACGAACAAGCCCUCCUGUAUUCUGUGAUGUAGCUGCCGAAUCAACACAACAUGAUCACGUAUGUAUUUACACGACAGACGAUGCAUGGAAAGUGGGAGCGUGUAGAUCAAUGAAACAUCUUUCUAAUUGUGAAUCGUUUGUUUGUGGACCUGGAUUUUUUAAAUGCCCAGAGAGUUAUUGUAUCCCUAAGAAGUUUGUAUGUGAUGGUAUAAAACAUUGUAACGGAAACGAAGACGAAACAGAAUGCCAAUUGUGUAAAUCGAUUACAAGUACACGAAUCAUUGCUGGAAUUGAUUACAAUGAUAUCGUGGGAAGUAUGGAAAUAUUUUCAUUACAAAAUCUUGCAAAUGUAUGGAAUAGCAAGUUAGUGUUGUUCCAAAAGUUACCAAGAAAGAAUGGAGACAAUGAACGGGAAUUUGAUGCAUAUAUUUAUGAUACUAUUCUUACCCGGUCAAGAGUGAACUGUACUAAACAUGAAGAGUCCUGCAACGAAAACAUACUUGCAGCUUUAAACGCGACAGAUGUGUAUCGAGAGCUUAUUUGGGUGGAGACUCGAUCUUUGCCUUUGAAGGAAACACCUUUUCCAGGCUUUUCCAGUUCAUUUAACCGUUCGUGGAAAAUUGUCAUUGACGCAUCUGAACAAUAUCCGAUGAAAAUUAAUCACGGCAGCAUUUCAGAAAUACGAGUGCGAAGCAUGGGAUUAUUUCGAACAAUUGGACCAGACAUAUUACGGGGAAAUUGUACUGGUAAUUCAAAAUUAUUCUUUGCUCCAAAGAAAUGCCUGUGUAUUCUUUAA